CCCGGUAUAGUUGACCAAGAGUAGGGACGGUGGAAAGCCGCGCCGCGGGUCUCGCUCCGCCCCCGAGCCCCGGCAAGGAUGCGGGCGGCCAGCAGGGGACGCGCCAACCCCCACCCCUGUCCCGGGCCGAAGGGCUCGCCUCCGACCGGUGGCUGAGUCCCGCCGCCCCGCUCCUCCCCUCCUGCUGCUUUUCGGAGCGCCCUCGGAGAGCGGGAGGCAGCGCGGCGCAGUCCCCGCCGGGUCCGAACGCGAAGCGGCGGCGGCAGGAGCAGCAGAAGCGGCUCGCGGUACAUUAGCUCCAAGUCUCAAUGAGGAGCCCAAAUAUGGCGACCUUCAAACAGCAGAAGGUGGAGGAUGUAUAUGAAAUUGGAGAAGAGUUGGGAAGUGGCCAGUUUGCCAUAGUGAAGAAAUGCCGGGAGAAGAGCACUGGGGCUGAGUAUGCUGCCAAAUUCAUCAAGAAAAGGCAGAGCCGGGCGAGCCGUCGAGGGGUGCAGCGGGAGGAAAUUGAGAGGGAGGUGCACAUUCUGCAGCAGAUCCUGCAUCCCAAUGUCAUAAAACUCCACGAUGUCUAUGAGAACCGAACAGAUGUGGUCCUCAUCCUUGAGCUAGUUUCUGGGGGAGAGCUCUUUGACUUCCUGGCACAGAAAGAGUCUUUGAGUGAGGAGGAAGCAACCAGUUUCAUUAAGCAAAUCCUGGAAGGCGUUAACUAUCUGCAUGCCAAGAAAAUUGCUCACUUUGAUCUCAAGCCAGAGAACAUUAUGCUUCUGGAUAAGAAUAUUCCCAUUCCGCACAUCAAGUUGAUCGACUUUGGCCUGGCUCAUGAAAUUGAAGAUGGAGUGGAAUUUAAGAACAUUUUUGGGACCCCAGAAUUUGUAGCUCCAGAAAUUGUGAACUAUGAACCCCUUGGUCUAGAGGCUGAUAUGUGGAGCAUAGGAGUCAUCACCUACAUCCUGUUAAGUGGUGCUUCACCUUUCCUUGGGGACACAAAGCAGGAAACACUGGCAAACAUCACAGCAGUGAGCUAUGAUUUUGAUGAGGAAUUCUUCAGCCAGACCAGUGAAUUAGCUAAAGACUUCAUUCGGAAGCUCCUGGUUAAAGAAACAAGAAAACGACUCACAAUCCAAGAAGCGCUCACUCAUCCCUGGAUCACGCCAGUGGAUAAUCGGCAAGCCAUGGUCCGAAGGGAAUCGGUUAUCAAUUUGGAAAAUUUCAAAAAGCAGUAUGUGCGAAGGCGAUGGAAGCUUUCAUUUAGCAUUGUCUCGCUGUGUAACCACCUCACCCGUUCCCUGAUGAAAAAGGUCCAUUUGAAGCAGGAAAACGAUUUGAGGAAUUGUGAGAGUGACACAGAGGAAGAUAUUGCCAAGAGGAAAGCACUUCACCCCCGCAGGAGAAGUAGUACUUCCUAGUCUAGCCCAGCUCCCCUUCUGGUAGAGAAACCCAGGUCCCUUUGGAGAACCCACCAUCCCCGCGUGGCUUGCAAUCUGUGGACACUCAUGGGCCCCUGACCCCAACCAGCACCCUGGUUUCCUGUCUCUGAGCCUGUGAGAGGAAGCAUACCCGGUGCUUACUUUCAUAAGAAGACUUUGGCAGGGAGGAAACUUAAGAGGUUCUGGAGGUGUCCUCCUAUUGCAGCUCUGAGCCAAUGGAGGCUUUGCUUAAGAGCUCAAAGCUCUUAAAUAUAAUUAAGAAGGGCUCACACCUGUUUGUCAACCCUCUGAAUCAAUGGGUAAGGUCUAUGGGCCUUUGUGGGAUUUUUUUAUUUUUAUUUUUUAUUUUUCAACUUUAAACCUGGUGUUAUUCACAAAAAGCGCCACACAAAGAGCGUUAAUCUACUUGACUGCUGAGAGAGCUGAAAAGUAUUCCUAGGCAUCUUUUAAGUCCUGUUUGUCAUCUUUAAAAGUGUAUACAUUCUUCAGUGCCAUUGUGGAUUCAGAACAUUAACCAAUAGGCAAAAGGAAUAAUGGAGAUUCAAGAAAUCCUAUUCCUGGAAGAGAACAAUUACUGGAUUUCCAUUUGGUUUUAUUGGAUGAGCAAGGCCAGCAUCUUAAGACAAAAGAUCUUCAGAGAAAUAGAGGAAGAAAUUCUGCUUAUCCACAGCAUUUGGAUAAGGUUGGGGGGCAGAAAUUGAAAAAUGUGGGGAGCUGAGGCCUGCAUGAGAAAGACUUGUAACACAGAAGGGGAAUCCAUCCAUAGAUGGCUUUCUUCCUGGGCUUUCUUGUUGGAAUCAAGUAUGGGAGGGAAAUGAAUCCUAGCUUGGUGACUUGACUGCUCAUGGGAAGAUAGCACCCUCUGGCCUUCAAAGAUCAGGAAAAAGAUCAAGAAACUAUUUUUUUUAAAUUUGAUAUAUAUCAAGCCCAUAUUUAUGUUCAUAUUCAGCCUGAAUAUAAAUAGUAAAUAUAGUAAAUCUUCCAGAUAUCCAGAUCAUUCCUUUCAAGGCUGGCAUGAGUGAGUUUUUUAAAAAAAAAGUAGAGAUGUGGGUGGGAGUAGGGAGAGAGUAGACCACACCAAGGGAAGAAAAUAAAGGGCAAUGUUAAUUUUACCCCCACCCGGUGCUUCAGUUCUUAUGAGGACACAGCUAGAGAUCUAUUGGCAACAACAGCAAAAAAAAAAGGCAGAGAUAUUUGGACCCUUAUUUCCAACUCAGCUUAACUAGAACCCAGAUAGGAGAACCUAUGAAAGUCCAGAACAAGGAAGAAGGGAGAGUAGUAUGAGAGGGAUAGAGAAAGAGGAAUAAAGAAGUGGAAGAGGAAGGGACUGACGUUGUAGAGAGGAGGCAAAGAAUACUUUUUGGAAAGUAAGUGAGGGAACUGAGGAAGAAGAGAAUGGGGGGGGGAUAGAGAGAGAGAGAGAGAGAGAGAGAGAGAGAGAGAGAGAGAGAGAGAGAGAAGGAAAAAGAAAAGGGGAGGGAGAGAAGUAGGAAUAAUAAAAUAAAGAAGGAUCUGGGAACAGAGAAAACUCUCCUUUUGCCAGUUGAAGAUCUGUGAUCACUAGUAUAUUUUGAUGGGAAUUAUAGCCUGAUUACCUUAAGUUUCCAAUCUUGUCCAAAGAGCAUUUUGCUGCUAGAAAAGCUUUGAGAAGAAUUUUCAGAUUUUGCAAUCAGGGAAAUAGUUCUAAAAGAGAAAAGAUAAUUUGCCUAAAGUUACUCCAUUAUUGAAAAGCAGAGCAGGACCUAGAACCCAGGUUUCCUGAUUCCCAGCCCCUACAACCACAUUGCCCUCUUACAGGAUCAGAUGGUACUUUGUGUUUUUAUUAUGCUUUCAGGUUUACAUAGAUGGUGAUGGAAGGCAAAGGCCUCACAGAUCCACUGAAAAAUGAACAGCAUCUCCAGUCCCCUCACCUCCAAUUAAAAAAAAUUUUUUUUCCCAAAAUUCUCAUUUACUUCCUGAUGUUUUUUGCUUUGCUGCUUCCAGGAGAAAACUCUAAAGCUGAACUAGAUUCUAUUCAUUUGCACCCUGGUUGGGCCAGGCUCUUCAGAGUAGAGAAAGUUUCUCCCAUACAUCCUAGUUGAAGCAACAAUCAACUCACUAAGCAGUGUAGGGUGGAGAAGUUGAGGGUUGGUCCAGUGCACAUUCAUUAAGAAUUCCCCCUGUGCCAGAAACUGUUGGAGGCAAUGGGGAUACAAAGUCUACUCUAACCUGGAAUAGGAAGAAGUUGUAUCCCUAUCUUCAUUAAGGAAUAUCCUGAGCUUUUCUGCAGUUUUUCAAAAACUUUUAAAAAGUUUGAAGAGAACUCUUUCUUUCCUUUCCAUCACCACCUCACACACUAAAGAGGGAAGCCAAAUGAAAUCUCCUUAGAAAUCCCUGAAGCUCAAUUGGUCAAUUGCUAGAUGUGUUAGGAAUUCAGGAAAAUCAUUAUUAAUAUCUGAGAGCAAUUACAGAGGUAAGGGGUAGAAGUAUGUCCUGUUCUGGGGAUCCUGGUACAAUAGAAAGAUCUGUGGAAUAAGAGGGCCUGAAUUAAAAUUCUUCCUGUGCCAUAUCACCCAUGUGACCUUCCUUAGGCCACUGAAUAUAUCUGGGCUUCAGUUUCUGACUUUGUAAAAUUAAAAAUUUGGAAGAUAAUAUCUAAAGUCUCUUCCAACUUCAAAUCUGUGGUCUCCCACUACAGGUGUGUGAAACUACCUUUGAGCUGGGUAAGAACCCAGAAGGGUCCGGGAGAGUUGGAUUGAUUCUGCUAAUAUUGAAAUGCUGAGGGAUGAUUCCUUGGUUUUUAAAAAGAGUUGGUUUAAGGGACUGAAGUUUUGUUCUGAGGCAAAUAGUUCAUUUACAGUAUUAAAAAACACCAGUUUAAAUCCAAAUGCAAUUUCAUAAAUAAGUCUAGAAUGUUCCUUCUUUGUUUUUUUUGGGGGGGGGAGGGGUUUGCAACAUUUGCCUCUGUUUUUCCAAUGUGCCAAAUCUAUUUUUUUUUUUUUUGGUGAUUUUCUUAUGAAUAGUUUGGUGUGUUUUAUUUUAAUGUGAAUUCCAAGAAGUGUUCCUCACUCUAGAUCUUGGAGUAUAUAUGUAUUCUUAUUCUCUUUUUCACUCAGAUAUUUAUAUGCUGAGAUGAUAUUUUAGAAAAUAAAUGGAAGAUUUAUUCAUAUCUCACAAAACAGACCAGAAAAUCUCACCUUAGAAAAGAAAAAAAAAUCACCUUUGUGUUCUAUGAAUUAUUUAAAAAAAAAAAAAAAAGACCUUUGGGUUGGACCUGUGAUUUCACUGGUGUUGAAACAGCCAUUAUCAGUGCAGAUUGGCACCGUAUAGUUUGAGAGCCUGGGAGAUUGAAGAGGUUGGGACUUGCUUAGAUCACAGGGAUAGCAGGGUUUGGAGGCAGAAUUUUGACUCAAGUCCUAUUGACUCUCAACCCACUUUCUCUACUAUAACAUAACUCACAUAAGUCAACUAAAACUGAGAAACCAAAUGAUUUCUAGUUCUUGCUGCAGAGCCAUCCCAGUCUCAGCUUUUAUUCUUCACUUUGUACUGAUCACUGCAGCUGCAACCCAGAGAAUGUUUUCUCUUCACUUGACUGCUGUGGAUAUACUAUUUAGAGAGGCUGUUGAAGACCUGAAGAUUAAAGCAGUGAUAGAGUUCUGAGAACAGUGAUUAAUUUGCAUUUCAAAGGGCAAGCUUUGAAUUUUUGAACCUGUAGAAAGUGACCUCCAAUUCACACUUUCCUUAGGGUAAAUAUCGCUUUUAUUGGCGAUUACAUUUUUAUUUUUUUCUAGAGGUUCUUCAAGGUUUUGGUUUUUUUUUUUCCCCUUCUUCCUUGUCCUUUCCUCUUUUCCUCUCUCUUUUUUUGUUUGUCAUACCUUAUUUCAGCUUACCCUUUUGAAGUAUAUAUUUUAGUAUUUGUUGAACUCCCUAAAAAAAUCAAGGGGAUAAUUUCUAACGAUCCUUUCCCAUUCCAACAGCCUACCAGCUUCUAUAUGAUAAUUCCUAAUUUUAAAAACAGUUAACUUUCAUAUUUCCAAAAUCUUAGAGAGAAACCCACAAUCAAAAUGACAAAUUAAGUUUUUUGUUUGUUUGUUUUAAUCGGCCCUUGAUUGAUUUUCAUGAGUCAAAGACCCUCAGCAGAAAAAGAUUGCCCCUUCCAUUUUGAAGCAAUGUGUUCAAGUGGAAAGACUGCUAUUUUGGGAUUCAAAUGUUGCUCUUGCUAAUUUACUUCCUGUGCAACUUUGGGCAAAUCAUUUAAUUUCCCUCUGUUUCUCUGGGGAAUGAAAGGAUCCAACUAGAUGAUAUAGAAGAUUUCUUCCAGCUUUAAAAUCUGUGAUUCUAGGAUUCCGUGACCCCUAUGUUAGGAAAGUAAAAUAAAGGUGAACUUUCCCAAGGAAAGGCAACCUUGGGGCUAAUGAUUGGUUUCUCAUCAGCAGAGGGAAAAUAUUUCAGAAAGAGCUGGUACUUGUUGAGGUUCCCUCUUUCUACAGCUUCAUAGAGAAAUUUUCUCUCAGUGGGCUUCACUUCAGGGGAAGAUUGCUCCUUUAAUACCAGCAGAUCUGACUAUAGGGAUGUCUCAGAGGACAUACAAAACACUCAUAGUGGUUUGGACUAUGGUGUGGAAUAUGGUAGCCCAAUAUUAGCCAUCAAUGAUGCUCCCACAAGGGUACAUCUCCAGAC